UUGAAAUCGUUGAGGGGAAAAGGAGGGGGCAAAAACAAGAACGAAAAGGAGGGGAUGCCCGAAAUAGAGACGUGGAAGGGAGGGGUUGCCUGAGGUGGCAGGGCUAUCGCCUACUAGAAGUGAUCGGAAAACUGGCCUAAAUAGAGGUAGAGGUGAUAAAACCUAGAGUACUAGUUUUGUAUAAAAGGGAUAGUAUUUUUUAAUUUAUUUUUAAAAAAAAGGUGAUUAGUUUUAACGCAAGGAACAUUUUGGAGGAUUUAAAAAAAAAAAAUCCUGAACAAGAAUUAGAAUUAGAAACAAAAAUAAAAACAUGAAACAUCACUUCAAUCAAUCAUCAUCGCUUUAAAGUUUUCUUUAACACACAAAAUUUUCUUUUUCACUUGUUCUCAUUCAUUCUCAGAUCUUCCCACCAUUGUCAAAAAAAAAAAAAACCAAAAACUCCCCAAGCUUGAAGGUGGUAGUGGUGGAUGGCAAGAACGAACAAAUACACCUCUUUGAACUUCAACGACAUCUACGAGAAGAAGAUCAUCAACCCCAACAACACCUCUUCAACUAACUCCAACUCUCGAUUACCCUCUUCUUCUACCGCUCACCCCCACAAAUCUUACUCCCUCUCCGCCUCCUCCCGCCUCGGCCAUGGCGGCAUGCUCGUUCUCUCUCGCUCUUCUCCUAAACCUCAACCUCAACCACCACCGCCGCAAUUUCCUCAACCUGACUCUAUAAAUCUUCCUAACAACCCGUCUUCGAAUUCGAAACCAUCUGAUUCCAAUUCCGAUUCGGAUUCCAUCUCGCUUCGUCCUCAAGGGAAGACUGGCGGAAGCCUAACCUUUCAGGAGAAGGAGAUUAGCAAGGUCGAUGUUCCGUCUCUUCCUAGUCCUAAGAGUAAUAAGUUUGUUCCGCCUCACCUGAGGCCGGGGUUCGUGCCGAGAGAGGUACCGCCUUCUCCUGAAAAGCCGAGGCAGGGGAAUUAUCGCCCCGGCUCGGCUCAUGGGAAUUAUCAUGGAUCGCCUAAUCGCUAUGUUGAGGAUGGACGGCCUAAGUCUGGGAGUGGGUAUGAGAGAAGGAUGAGAGUUCCUGGACCUGGAUAUGGAGAUGCACCCGUUCCUCCUGCUGUCGAAUCGGUUUCGGUUGUUUCGAAUCAUCCGAGAUCCGGUGGGAGUCGCCCUAGUUGAAAUGGAUGAUGAAUUCAUGAAAACUGGACUCAUUUCCAAAUGUGGAGCUAAAAGUUCAAUUGGUACAGUUAAAUUCCAAGGAUGAGGAGCUUCAACGGCUGAAACCCUGAGUUCUUGUACAUCUUAAACACCUUUGAAAUCUCCAGUACAUGGAUUCUGAAGUUCAGGGGACUAGAAGAUUGGUGAUGGAAUCAUAUGAUGUCAGAUAUGGUGCUGUAUGAAAAAGAGGCUUGAUGAUCGAUCCAAUGGCUUUUUGGUUGGUAGGUGAUCUUGUCUUGCUGAUACUUAGGAUGAUUCAUAAUUGCAUAGACCUUCUAAAUUAGAAUUUAUGUGUUAUUUAUGAAUUUGAGUGAUGAACAAUGUUUCUGACGUAGAUUUUGCUGCAAUAUUAUAUUAAUAUGAUGUAAUUCUUAUAUCUUUGUACCAUACCGUGGUUUUUGUAUUGGGGGUUAAAUAUGUUGUGACGAAUAUGUUUGUGACAGACAUAUUGUCCAAUAUAGAGGCAGUGUUUCCUUCACUAA